CAGUGUCCAAACCCCAAACUCGCCAAAGCAUCAGUGCGCAAGGCAGCAAAUGAAUCGACGUUGUCUUUGGCAGUGCGAACAACCGCUCGUGGUAUUUACGUUCUAGCACCUGGCUGUACUUGCACUUUGCAGUGGAUGCGCCGCCCUACUUUGCUGUGAGCUGAAAGAAAGGUGAACGGCGGCACAUCAUCCUUUCACUCCGAAGAGGGAUUCACGCUUGACGCGAUCGUCAGAGAGCAAUUGAAGGGCAUUCGAACGGAGACGGCGACCAGAGUUUUGUUGAAGCUGGGCUCACUCCGCGGUGACAGAGAAUCAGGUCGCUAGCAAGGUCGAUAAUAAACAAGCCGCGGCAGCCAUGGAAGGGAAGAAGGGCUGCUUUGCUGUUGUGCUGUUACUGUGCGUGUGUGUCGUGCUAAGCGCCUGGAUAUUCACGGACAGUGUGCCCAAUGUACACAAGGCGCUGCGCGCCCGCUCCGCCGGCUUUGUGGCGCGCCUGGUGAGCAGCUGGCGGACGGGAGUCCGCACUGGGGCGCUGGAUGUGGCCGAUGACCUCCUGGUGGCGGUGCACCAUGCGUGGCCGGCGGACGCAGGUCACGAUACGACCUGGUCUUGGCCAGUCGUCAUAAGCCAGCUCUCCACGUGCGGCCCUCAGAAGGCUGGUGCCACUAGCACUCCGGACAAUGCAACUCUAGCAAAGUCAGCUGCUCUGCUGCGGCAGGUAUUAAACAUUUCCGCGAGCUCCUGUCGAAGGAACAGCACGGUUACUGUUAUGGGAAUGAGGCUCAAAGUGUUCGUGGUGCUUCGCUGGGCUCGACUCUGGAACUCGCAGAGGGUCAUCAACCCAGUGCCCACGCCAUUCCACUACUGCAGACAAUGCCGCACUGUUCUGUUCUACACCAGCGACCGCGACAUGCUAGCCUGCGCCGACAUUGUGGAGUUCCACGACACGGACACGCAGCUGCGCGACCUGCCGCCGAGGGGCUUUCCCCAGCAGCUGUUCAUGGUGAUGUCGUGGGAGAGUCCCAUCCGCGGGCACUCGCACCUGACUGACGACGGCCUGAUGGGCCAGUACAACCUGUUGAGAACGUAUCGCCGUGACAGCGACCUGUUCUUCAGCUACUUUCCGUCGUGCAUCAUGCGCUGGAUGCGGCGGCCGGUGAAGCCGUUCGCCGAGCGCGAGCCCAACGCCAUCAUGUUCAUCACCAGCAACUGCAACGCGGAGAACAUGCGACAGGACUACGUGCGCGACCUGAUGACGCACGCCGAUGUCCAUAGCUACGGCCGUUGCCUGCACAACCGUGAACUGCCCGACAACGACGACGGCGCCAUGGUGGCACGGUACAAGUUCUACAUCGCCAUUGAGAACAGCAUCUGCCUGGACUACGUCACGGAGAAGCUGGUGCGCGGCUGGAGACACGGCGUGAUACCGAUCGUAACCGGGUACGAGGACAAGCCGGAUUUCCGGCACUUUGCGCCCAACUCUCACUCGCUGCUCAAUGUCAACACGUUCCGUUCGACGGCAAAGCUUGCUGAGCGCGUGAAGGAAAUUGCUGCCGACGAAAACCUGUUCAACUCGUUCCUGUCGUAUCGCACCGACCCCGGGCAGAUAUCCGAUGACUUCAAGCGAAUGUUUGCACCUCCCGACGAUAGUGAUCCGGAGGGAUGGUGCAAGCUGGUGCAGAGGAUGCAGAAGCCGGGUAAUCUUGCUAACAUGACGAAACGAGUCCUGACCGGCGACCACUCAUGCGUGCCAAAAGGAACCAUAGCGAGUGCAGUGAAAGAAGAGACAGCUUCCACAGGAUCACGACCAUAAAAUUAUGCUGUAUGGCUGUGAUGGUGGUUGCUAUGAUGGUUGCUAUGGUGGUUGCUAUGGUUGUUGCUACGGUGAUUGCUAUGGAGGUUGCUAUGGUGGUUGCUACACAUGUAUAGCGGCAGCUGUCAAGGUGAUCCAUCCUCACCUGUCCCUGCAGACGGCCACUGCAGCCGGGAACAAUGAAAGGGUCAUAUCCGUUCACGUGGAUCUGAGUACGUGACCGCAUGUGUGUGUGUGUGCGCGCGCAUGCACGCGUGUGUGUGUGUGUGCAUGUGUGUGCGGUUUUCGGAGUCCUUUUAGUGGUUUGACACGACGUGUUUCACUGGCGACAUACUUCACUGUAUCACGUGCCAACAUUCCCGCCGAAGAAAGUUUGACCCAGUGACGUCGUUGUUCAUGCUCACAGCUCACUUAUCAUGACCAUACUCUGGUGAGAACUGCUGGCUAAAGAGCUGACGGAUCCCUAGCGGUUAGAUCAAGGUGUAGGCCAUCUCAGUUCGGGUGACUCUAACAGAGCCACAGCUGGAAGCUCCUUAGAGCCGAUGCGACACACAAUAUUUGCGAACCGAAGAGCAUGCAGUGAAAGCUCUGCGAUGGACCUCGCCAGGUACACAGUAUUACUGCCAGUCUGGUACAUGCAUCUGGACGCAGAGACUGAAGGGAAGAAAAUCCGGAACCUGAAUGUCUCCUUGGUUGACAUCUGAGAGAGAGAGAGAGUGAGGGUCUAAGCUAGCGACACUCGGCACGUUACCAUAGCUAACUGAGAAAUGCGCCGUGGCACGCUCAACUAGUAUUUAUGUAAACGGCGAGGAGACAAUAAUUUGAUAACCGAAAUCAAUAAGACAAGCUGAAUCGACAUUUGUGUAUUCUUUAUUCAUGCAAUGUAAAACGGUGGGGACAAUAUUACAGGUACACUAUUAUCGUGUAGUUCUGGAUACUUUCUGUUUAGCGUGUGAAGAGACUGAAGAGUCACUAUUUUAAUAUUUAUUUACUUACAAGUACCAUUUUCUUACUGUACCUGCAGCUUGUCUGCAACAAAGCCAUUCAAUUAUUUAUUUCCAACCAUACGCAAGUCUGCAAUAGUUCGAGGCAA